AAAAUUUCUAAAAAGAGGAACCAAGUUCACAUGCGAAUCAAUCAACAACUGCGGCUGGUGCCCCGAUUGUGCCAUUGACCCGUAUCAGCCUGUUCAACUGCCUCAGAGCUUAUAUCCUAACGGCUUUUCAUCUUGGCUACAGUCGGGCGUGUGACAGUUCCGGUCCAAUGCAGCAUUUGACCUUAUCCAGCUUUUAACAUACAUGUUUUCUUUCCGGUCCUCUUGAGGUCUCCUUCCAUCCUUUCCAUCUCUUUCACAACUUGGCAAUUAGGCCCAACGCUCGAGAGAUGGCUGCGCCGUCCGAGUUGAAGGUACUCUGCCGCAGGCUGACCUCGGCGCCCGCCGACGACCUCCCGCGCCUCUGUCCGCUGCUGGUGAGCCAUGUGCUUCGCUGCGGUGACCCGCUGUCUGCGCCGGCCGACGCAAAGGCCAAGGACAAGUCGUCAGAGACGCCGGUGCUGGUCCACAAACUCCGGACACACAUCUCGACCCUCCUUACGGGAAAGAGCUCGUCCGGCCGCUUUGCCGCCGUGUGCCUGAUCAAGGCCGUCAUCGAUGUAGGGGGCUGGGAAAGCCUGCGGGCAUCAGGGCCUUGGAUUCGGGGAUUGAUCGGAUUGUUGCAGAAACCCGAUCCUCUUGCCUCAAAGGAGCUUUGUAUUGUCACCCUCACUAAGAUCUACGUGCUUCUCCAAGGCUACCAGACUCUUGUUCGCGAGAUGGCCACCCCAACUCUCCCCGACUUCGUGUCGGCUUGCCUGCGGCUCAUCAGCCCCCCAGCCUCGGGCAAGCCGCUCAAGGCGCCAGCCGUCUUUAUCGACACGGUUGCCUGCUCCCUGUCGAAGCUGGUGGUGCUCUACCCGACCACCCUGCGGCCGUUCGCUGUCCAGAUGAAGGCCGCUCUCAAGGCAUACGUUGCACCGACUCCGUCGGACGGUGUCUAUCCAGUGCCACAAAACCUGAGAGAGAGCGCCCGUCGGCUGUUUGUCCUCCUUCCUUACACGGCGCCCAAGAACGGGAGCAGCGACGAAUGGGCCAAGGCUAUCCAGUCAACCAUCCUCGACUGCCACGCCACCGUCGAUCAGGUCUUCCGGGCCGUUGUCGAGUCGUGGGAAUCAGCUACGGGCUACCGGGGAGGGCCCCUAGGCACCGGACCCGAUCCUUCGGGCGGAAGCGACGAGGGUGACGGCCUGCCCUCUUGGGUCGGUGUCCAGGCCGGCGCCGAGAGGCUUGUCGGGUUGCUCGACUUCCUUGCCGAGUACUUCAACAGCCCCACUAAGGCGCCCGUCUCGGUCCCGCUCGGAGAACUCCUCGACCUGACGGCCAGGAUCACCCUCGUGACGCCCCCUUCCGGGACCGAGGAUUCCAUCGAGACGAACCCCGCCAUCGGGAGGGAUGAGAAGGCCGAGCUCUGGAGCGUCCUCCCGGACAUCCACAUCGCCGUCCUGCGCUUCCACCGCGCCCUUAUCCGCCGUCUGCGCGAGAACUCCGUCCCCCUCGCGACUGACAUUCUUGACCAAACCGUCCGCGUCUCCACCGCCAGUCGCCACAUUCCCGCCAUGCGCGAGGCCGCCUACGCCCUCGCCAGCCAACUCCUCCACCUCGCGGGUCCGACCCUACCCAAGCUCACCGUCGACUCCCUCGCCCCGCUGAUCCAGUCCACCUGCCGCGACAUCCUCCUCUCCACGGGGCAUCUCGAGCCCACUCCGCCUUCGCCAUCCUCGACCUCCAACAUCGCCAACCUCACAAAACAACAAACACACCAACCCCCCCGCAACCACGCUCCCUCCACCAAUGCAGACGCCUACCUCACCGCUCCCGCCUCCUCCUCCCCCUCCUCCUCCUCCUCCCUCCUGGCCCCAUCACUGUCCACUCCCUCCCACCUCACCGCCACCGCCUCGGCCCUCCUCCGGGUCUUCUUCACCCACCUUCCGCAGACCGCCCUCUCCCCGGACCUGCGCAGCCUGCUCGACCGCACCGCCAUCCUCUCCCACGACCGGGACGCCAUGCUCGCCAGCUGCCUGCAUCCCUACCGGGACAGCCGGGGGCGCUACUACCCCAGCAUCCUGCCCUUCUUGGUCAGGCGGUUUCCGAGGGAGUUGGGGGUCGAGGUGCUGCGGAGCAAUCUCGUCCGUGCUGGUGCUGGUGCUGGUGCUGGCGGUGCCGCUUAUCAAGGGAUGGCGGUGGGAGAGGGACUAGAAGAGUUAUUGCUGGAUAGGGAGGAGAGAGGGACAGGGGCAGAAAAGGACAGAGAGGGCGGUGCCGAGGAUGGUGCGCAGCGCGAAGGAAAGGACGGGGCGGAGAACGGCGGACAGAAGGCAAAAGUCGUAGGUCAUGGUGAUGGCGGUGGUGGUGGUGGAUGGGGCGGGGAUGCUAUGGAUGUCGAUUCUGGCUCGGCCGGAGCGGCGCCGCCCCGGAGCGCGAACCCCUUCGCCGUGGUCACGUCUGCUGCCGCGGCCGGGGAGGAGAAGCGGGAGGUGCCGGUGCGCACGGCGUCUCCGCUCAAGCGCAAGAGCGAGGUGUUCGAGGCCGACACGGGCAAGCCGCCGAAGCGGCUCGAUACCGGGAAGGCGGCCGCUGCGCCGCAGGUGGCUGUUGCGCCCCCGACCAAGCAGGGCGAGGAGAAGGAGGGUAGUAGUGACGACGAGGGCGACAGCGAGGGGAGCGUGCAGAUCGACAUGACGCUUGAGGAUGACGAGGAAGAGGAAGAGGACGAAGACGAGUGAUCUCACUAGAGAGAGAGAGAUGGAAUCCGAAACGAGUGCUGGGUGGAUCACGAUGUAUUCUUGUGAUGGAUCUUGCUCUGGUUUUAACAAUACUACAGAUGCUACAUACAUUUGAGAAAGAAAAGGCGUCCUCUUUGUCUAAGUGAUU